AUGCCUAGCUAUGUCAAGUUUAUGAAAGAGAUCCUAUCUAACAAAAGGAAGAUGGGAGAUUAUGAAACUGUAGCAUUGAUUGAGGAGUGUAGUGCUACUUUGCAAAGAAAGCUCCCGCAAAAGUUAAGAGAUCCAUGGAGCUUUACCAUACCUUGCACCAUUGGGGACUUUGAAUGCAAGCACGCUUUGUGUGAUUUAGGGGCCAGUGUAAAUUUAAUGCCAUUGUCAGUAUUUCGCAAACUAGGGUUUGUUUUGGAUAUGGAAGAAGAUACAAACGUGCCAAUUAUCCUUGGAAGACUGUUUCUAGCAACAAUACCUGCUCUAAUUGAUGUUCAAAAUGGAGAGCUUCGAUUGAGAGUUCAGGGGGAUGAGUUCGUACCAUAA